AUGAAGUCCCCUAUUGUCUUCCUAUCCGCCAUCGCCGUUGCCUCGGCUGCUGUCACCACAACACUCCCCAAGUCAGCCGGGGUCGAGGCCCACCCUACUGCCAUUCCCGUCAAGACUGUUUACGAUGGUGGCAUGAAGCGCUUCGAACGUGAUCCACCGACAUGUGGUGGUCAACAGGAAAAGGGGGAGAAGGACGCAAUGUUCAUCCUCGAGAGCGGUGCAACGCUCUCCAAUGUCAUUUUGGGCGCUUCUCAAGCUGAGGGUGUUCACUGCAGGGGCACCUGUACCCUGAACAAUGUCUGGUGGGAGGACGUUUGUGAGGAUGCUGCCACCUUCAAGCAGCCUUCGGGCACGUCAUUUGUCAAUGGCGGCGGUGCCUUCAAGGCCAAGGACAAGAUUCUCCAGUUCAACGGCCGCGGUACCGUCCAGAUCAAGGACUUCUACGCCAACACGUACGGCAAAUUGAUCAGAACUUGCGGCAACUGUCCCGGCAAUGGUGGGCCACGUCACAUUACAAUUUCAGGAUCCAUGGGCAAGGGGGGAGGUGAACUCUGUGGCAUCAAUAGCAACUAUGGCGAUACAUGCCGUGUCAGCAACUCCUGCCAGGACAGCAACCACAGUUGUACCAGGUACGAGGGUAACGACCAGCGCCUCGAGCCUCCGACGCUUGGAAGUGGUCAUGAUGGUGUGAGCUGCUUCCUCACCAAUUUCUCUAGAUGCUAA